UCAUCUUUGGCUACAAUACGAUGCGAUGCGAAUAUCAAGUGCUCCACAAUUGUGCAUAAUAAUCACGUAUUAGUCGUUCAGGUUUAUGAACGCUUGUUCUAAGUCAAAAAAAGUAAACAAGCGGCACGGCUAUGACACGGCAGCUUGCUUUCUUGGCAGAUGGCAUUUGUGUUGCGAUUGGGACAUUUGUGUUUUGUGUUGUUGUUGUUUGUUAUUUUUUUGUAGCUGUAGCAAAAUGAACUAAGUUACACUGUAAAGUGUAAGUUAUAUAGAUAAACAAUGGAAGCUGAAGUAGUGUCUUCUUUUUUUUCUAUUCAUAACGAAAUUCAGAAGACAUCCGAGGAUAUAGGAGAUGAGUUCCUAGAACUCGUUGAUGAUUUAAAUUUCUCAUUGGAGCAACUCAAAUUGCCUAGAUCUGUAGAAUGCAUCUACAAUCCUACGUUAUAUGCGCGGGAAACUUUUGAAAUGUAUAUCAAAAAGUUCUGUAACACGAAAAAGGAUAUAAUGUACUUUGGAAUGAACCCUGGACCAUGGGGCAUGUCACAGACUGGAGUGCCAUUUGGGGAAAUCAGUUCAGUCAGAGACUGGCUAGGUAUUCAAGGGCCAGUCAAUAAACCUGAAAAAGAAAUCAAAGACCGCCCAGUACAAGGUUUUGAGUGUACUAGGACUGAGGUGAGUGGGAAAAGAUUUUGGGGACUAUUCAAGGAAAUCUGUGGUACUCCUGAGAACUUUUUUAGAACCAGUUUUGUCUACAAUUACCUGCCCCAGCAAUGGAUGAAGAAUAAUGGUUGCAAUCUCACUCCUGGUGAUUUUAGGGUUUCAGAAAUGCAAGCCCUAUUUGAUAUCUGUGAUCCUAUCUUCAUUAAAGUCCUGCAACUGUAUGAUGUAAAAACUAUAGUCGCCAUUGGAAAAUUUUGUGAAACCAGAGCCCAAAAAGCUUUGAAGAUGCACAGUCCACAUAAAACCUAUCAGAUACUAUACAUUCCUCAUCCAAGCCCCAGAGCUGUGAACAACAAUGACUGGGACAAAAAGGCUGUAGAAUACUUGAAGAAUCUAAAUCUAAUGCAAUAUUACACAUGAAGAAUUAACAUGUAGUGCCCAAAUUGAUCAAAACCAGGUCACAAAGGGGUUUAAUUAAUUUAAAAAAUGAUUAUGUAAUUUUAAUUUUAUAAGAAACUCUAUGAAUAAGAAUUAUUAAUAAUGUGUCUUGUAUUAGAAGUCUGUUUAAUGCAUAAAAAGUUUAUUACAAUAAUUAAUAUAACAAUUCUGCACUUCACUUGACUUGAGUGUGUUGUAUGAGAGAUUAUUUUUUGAAGUAUGUUUCCAUUAUGUUUAUGAUUAUUUAUAUUUGCCAUUUUGUGAUCUCAUUUACUAUUGUACUUUGUAAGAUU